UGCGCACACCAGGGCUCCCGGUGUGUCGUUCAGCGGCUGCGCACACUCAACGUUUUAUUAACGAAGAUGGCAACCAUAGUAACAGGGAUGGAGGCUGGCGAUUGCGGUCGGAAGCCGGACUUAGUGUCGAGGCAGCGGUUGCAGGUUCCCAUUCCCGGGCGCAGGGAGUCGGGCGGGAAGGCCGCCUUCAGCCGGGAGCUCCGCAAACUGUGGCUCCAAAUAGCUAAUUUAGAAAAGGACAAAAAUGCUAAUCUUUUCAACAAAAGGAAUGAGUUUAGAGCUGAAUACAGCAUUCUUGAAGAAUUGGAGCUGAAACUAACAAACAACAGGAAAACAGAAAGUAUGAAGGUUCAACAGCAACUUGCAAAAUUACGUCACAAUGUGAAGAGAUUCCAGAGCCAGCUUAUGGAUGUUAAGCCCACUCCAGAAUUUGUAGAAAAGUUGAAAGAAAUCAUGGAAGAGGUAGAAAAUGCAAUCACUACCUUUAAAGAAGAACAAAGGCAGAUGUAUGAAGAACUCCUGAAGGAGGAAAAAACUACUACUCAGGAAAUUUUGGCUGUGGAAAAAAAAAUAGAAGUAUGGGCCCAGAUUCCAACAGAAGCAGUGAUACGCAAGCCCAUUGUAGCAAAAGGAGUAUCCACUAACUCUGGUCCAGAGAAUGUGUUAGUUGAAAUUACGGAAUUUGAUAAGUUCCUUCAGCAGACUGGAUGCCAAGGUGGUUGGGAUGAUUUUGAUCAUCAGGACUUUCUCAAAGUCUGGACAAAACACAAAGGAAAAGCAUCAUUUAUUGAGGAAGCUCUGCAACAUUUGAUUGGGAGGACCCGUGAGGAUAUAAUGCAACAUGUGCAAUGGUAUCAAGAGUUUCUCUUCCUAGAAGAGAGGCAGAAGGAGGCUAUUCAGAAAUGGAAAACAAAGAAGCAACAUGAGAAAAUGGAGCUCCUGAGGAUGCAAGCAGAAGCAGAAGAGAAGACUGAUGCAGAACACCUAGCAAGAGAAAAAGCAAAACAGCUUAGGCUUGAGAAGGAAAGAAAAGAGCGAGAAGCUCAGUUGCAGUUGUGGAAAAAACAGAAAGAACUGGAACUUGCUCUUGAGAAAGAACGACAAAUGAAAGAAGAGGCAGAGAAAAUGAAAAGACAAAGGAAAGAAAAUCAAAAACGACUUGAAAUUAAAAGAAUGCUCAAAGAUUCUGCUGAACAAAAGAAGGAGAAAGAAGAGUUUCUACGAUUGGAAGCACAAAUGAGAGAGGAAGCUGAAAGAGAAGAAAGGCAGUGGCUUGUGGCAAGAGAAAUCUCCAGAUUUCAAAAGCGGGAUUUUCAAAAGUUGGAAAGCAAGUUAGCAGAAAAACGAAUGAAGCAAGAGCAGGAGGAUGAGCGAGAGAAGAGAUUGGCCAAGCUUAAAGAGAAGAUUGAUGCUCAGAUACAACGAGAUCCAUCAAGACUACUAAAACCCACCAAAGGUUGGGAGGAACACACAAAAGAGAUGGGACCGAAUAGUGGUGGUCCUAUGCUGUUUCUUCCCCAUCGGGCUAUUCCAUCUUGGAGGCAAGGGAUAUAACAAUAUUAUUCCAUGAAUAUUGAAGAAUUGUACUGAUUAGUUGAAGUGUAUAUUGUCUAUUAUUAAAUAAAUUAUGACAAACUUUAAAAAUAA